AUGCCUGAUGUUCUGAACUUAAUACAGCUCAUUGAGCGUUUGCAACAGGAUUUUCGAAAUGUGGUUAAUGAGACGAAAAGGAAAUACCCAUCAGUUAAAGAUGGUUGCGAGAGUGGCCAACCUAAGUUGGUUAAUAUUUGUCUGACGGCUCUUCAGCGUUUGAUUACGUCCCAAAUGAUGACUGAGUCUUCUGUUGAGUCAUUGCUGAAGGUUAUAAUCACUUUGGUGGAUGCAGAAAUUGAAGAACUUAAGUUGUUGCAGACAACUAUACUUCUCGUCACAACAAAUCAGACUCUACCGGAUGUAUCUUUGUCGUGGGCAUUGGGAAUAUGCUUGAAGCUGCACAAUAGUAAAACCAGUGCCGUGGUAAAUACCGCUGCUGCCGCAAUUCGUCAAUGCACUGGUGCUGUUUUUGAUCGGAUUAACAGAGAUAGCUUACCUUCCUCAGGUUACGAGAAUGUUCCAGGCGUCGAGAAAGUCGACACGUUUAAAUUCACUCCUUCGUCAAAAAGCGCCUUCUUUCUGUUUCAAGACCUCUGCCUUCUGACGUCUGGUGAUAUUCCCCACUGGUUGCAAGGCAUCGAGUACAUCUCUCCUCUUUUGGGCUUGGAAUUGAUAGAAUCAGUUCUUCUUAACUACCGCAACCUUUUUUCAAAGGCGAAGGAGUUUCACUACCUGUUGAAGGAACGAGUAUGUCCACUGAUAAUCAAGUUGAUGGCCUCCGGUCUGACCGCAGACAGCCAGAAAGGCGCAUUACGAGACAGCAGCAGUGAUGCAUUCGGGGAUGGUGGUGGUGGCAACACCUACGCCGGACCCUCCGAUUUUGGUGUCAAUGUCCGCCUCAAUCGCAUCAUUAACCUUCUCUGUUCAAAUUACUUUGAGUGUCUUAACACCGAAUGUGAGAUGCUGAUAUCAACGACGGUACGAAUUGUUGAGAACGAACAAAAUGCUUGGCGUCGAGCUCUUUCCUUGGAGGUUAUAUACAAGAUUAUCGCGCAAGUGGAUUUACUUGUGAAAAUAUGCUCAACAUUCGAUAUGAUGGAUCCGCCCUCUCGGGUUUUCUUUGGCCUCGUUAGUGCUGUGGGUGAUUUUGUCCAAUCGACUCUUCUAAUACCUCAAGUUCCCCAUCCAGAAUCUACAGUAACUCUUCUAGGCUCACCUUCUGGACACCAAAUUCCACAGAAACCCUCUUUUAUAUACAGGGGAGUUAGUCAUGUAAUCGCCGACGUCCAGAAGUUUGCUCUACUGGAGAUUUUAGAUAAAUCCGAAGCGCCGUCUCUUCCAGAGGGCUAUUCUCUUCGUCUGACCAUCAGCUGCAUGCUGCAGUUUGUUUGGUCCCUUCAACACUUGAUUCAGCAGGCAAGGUCAUUAGUAGAAAGUGUUCCUGCAGCUAAACCUCCAAUUGAAUUUGAGAUGCUAAAAAUUUCUUGGACUGCAUUGCUGCCUGCUCUUUCUCUACUGCUCGAGGCUUGUGCUGACGAAAAACUCACUGACUCCUUGCUUUUGGCUGAAAGUGCUAUGGUCGUGCUUAGUAGUCAGUGUGGCAUAGCGGACGCUCGCGAAGCAUUUGUUGCAGCUCUUUGCAAAUUUGCCUUGCCCUCAUUCUUCGUACUCUCGGAGAAACGUGAGUUAUUCCAUUAUGAUUGGUGCUACUUUGAUCAGUGGAGUUUUCUUUUUUAUUUCGGGAUGCUCACAGAUGUUUCCAAGCCCUCGCACCAUCAACAGCAAGCGCUGGACGAGGCUACCGAUCGAAGUCCAAUUGUGAUUGUGGUGAACACUAGUCACGGCCCGGGGAACCUUAGCCUUGAGGUGAUCCCCCCCUCACCGAGCUGCGCUAUGGACACUACCGCCGUGACUCCCCUUUCCUCUCCCAGCCCUUAUGGACCUCAAACACCGUCACUUUUCAUCACAGCCAAACACAUCCAAGUUUCAAAAGCACUGUUCGAGUUAGCCAAGACGAAUGGUUUUCUACUCAACUCAUCGUGGUAUCUCGUGCUUACAACCAUGCAGCACCUAGUGUGGAUGCUUGGGCUUAAGGCGGCUCCUUUGAUUACGGCAUCGAACACGAAAGCGGUGGCGUCGAACCCGCAGAACCCACUUUCGUCGAUGUUUCUAGACACAAGCUUCUUUGAGAAGUCAGGCGUAUCCAGCUCUUCCAGUCAGACCGGCAGCGUAGUCUCAAAGGUUCUGAGUGAGCUGCCAACUCUCUCGGAAACUCUUUCCUCAAUCUUUGAGUACUCUAGAAAUUUCGACGAGACUGCUCUCGGUUACCUUAUUCGAGCUCUUUGCAGCAUUGCCACUGAGGCAUGUGAAGUUGCAAAUUCCAACCGAGCUUUCUUUUUCAAGGUCAGGCUUGCAUCUGCAACGAACCCUUAUAUUUUGUACGUGUUUUGGAAGGACCCUAGUCACUUCUCCGUGGUGAAACUGACGGAAGUUGGCUUGGCGAAUCUUCAUCGACUCAAUGUUUGGUGGAAGACGAUUAACAACCAACUGCUAACUGUGAGUUUCAGUGCUAAUGCUGCUUUCGCGCAAAAUAGUGUGGUCUUCGUACCGUUCUUCCAAAAUUUAGCCCAUUUAUUUUGGUUCUUCUUCCUCAUACUUUUGCCCUAA